AUGCUCUUCGGUUUGGAAGUGUACCGCAAAAUGGUGAUGGCCAGCAUCGAGGAUUAUUUCGACUACCUUGACACACAAAGCACAUUAGCAGUAAUGAGCUUGUCAGACUCGAUGGCACAGUUCUCCUCGUAUCAACGAAUCUUCAUCUCCUACGCUCACAUUCUCUUUAUGGCCCGCUGCUUCUUGUCCUUGCAGUGGCAGCCGCGACUUGCCAUCAUCACCUCCACCCUUCAGGCAACGACGGUUGACUUGACCCACUUCUUGAUCGUUCUCAUACCCACAUGGUUUGGUUUUGCGAUUGCCGGCAUGAUCAUGUUUGGACGACGGAUGCAGGUCUUUUCGACCCCCCUGAGUGGCUUUGCCAUGUGCCUCCAGCUUGCAUUGGAGGGUGAAUACGACUGGGGUUACAUGUCCUCAGAGGAUUGGUUCAUUACGCUGCUGUGGGUCUGGAUCUACAUGGUUCUGCUGGUCAUGGUCAUGUUGAACAUGGUGCUUGCUAUUAUCAUGGAUGUGUACGCUGAGGUGCGCCGUCAACAAGGUGAAACCAUGUCUAUCUUCCAGCAUUGCACGUACCUGUUCAAAAGAGCACUAUAUUUCAAGAAUUGGGUUCCAGAUAGAGAGCUGUGGGAGCGUGUGGCAGAGAUGCCGGAGACCAUCAUCGUGGAUGAUAUACUUGAGGCUUAUCCGAACAUGCCCGAUUUCCAGCUGAGCUUCCUCUGCGACGGGGCGAGAAAUCGAACAAGGGUGAUCCAGCGAGCGGGUAUCGACCCAACGUAUACCGUCCAAAUGGUCGCUGCAAUCCAUAUCAGCCUUGAAGAGAUCAUGAUGGACCUCAUGAAACUCAAGAAACGUGGCUGGAUGGGAAAGGGCUUCGAGGUUCCCAGUGACGAAGACAGGAAUCUCGUGAAGGAAAUCCUCGCCGGCAUUGCAGUGCAAAGUGAGUGGAUGUUGAACGCGCAGAAGCAUGUGUCGUGGCUACACAAUCAGAUCGGCACAGAAGCGACAGACGGGGCUGGAUACGAGUGGAAAGCGACCGGUCCAGUCGAGGUUCCUGUGCCACGAAGCCGACAAGGAAAUGACUGA